AUGGCUUUACCCAGUAGAAAUUCCAAUCGACAUAAUUUCUUGAUGGAUAUUUAUAAUGAACUUCAACUAAUAUACAAACAGAAUGGUUUCACUGCAUUACAAAAGAAAUGUAAAGAAUUCGAAGAUAAAUAUCCUGAUUUUAAUUUUAAAGAAUGUUAUUUUCCUGCAAAAUUUAACGCGUCUAUACAUAAAAUUGAUUCUUCUUCUGUUCGUAAUUAUCUGCAUUUGCUACCUGAUCAAGAUCCUAAUGUUCAUUUAAGAAGUUUAAUACCGGUAAAUAUAUCAAAUGAUGGAAGUGUUCUAUUCCGAGCUAUAGUAACAUUACUUGGAUUUUCAUUAGAGGAAGAUGUGUUGGAUUUACGAAUUCAGUGUCUUAUUGAUAUACUUUGCAACUUGCAUAAUUAUGCGUACGAUCAUCCAGAUUUAUUAGCAUCUCUAUUCGAUUCAGAAGAAGCAAAUCAAGGACGAUGGUCAAGUCUUGUAUACGAACGAGCGCAAAUGGAUGUACCUAAUGUAAUAACAGUGAUUACACUUAUCAGUCUGGCUAAAUUGAUUAAAAUGCCUAUUCAAUCUGUAUAUUUACCGAUAUCAACAGAAGAAUUAACAAAUAAUGUCGACCAUAUCUAUAAGAAAUUAAAUAGAAUUUUCUAUCCAUUCGAAGAACAAGAACAGUCCAAAAGAACAACAUAUAAACCUAUUAUUAUACUUUGGUGGCGUACAGAAACUGAUACAAUUCAAUAUCCAAAUCAUGUAAUACCUUUACUCGUACAGAAUGAUAAUAAUUCAAAUAUAAAAUUAUCAUCAUUGUCAUCCAGUCAAUCAACUGUUAAAAGAACGACUAGUAUACAACCACAAAUUAUGCAUAAUUCUCUAAUGAUACGAGCUCGUGGUACUUUUAUUCUCAUUAUUACACAUAUGGAUAAUAAUAAGAAAGAUGCUGAAAUAGUUAAACAAAUCAUUAAUAAUAUAAAGACGGCAAUUAUCGAACUUAUAAAAAUAGUUGCACAAAGAGCACAACCACAUGAUAUUAUUGAAAUAUACUUGUAUGAUGAAAAAGGUUCAAAUAUUCUACUUAUACUUUCAUGCAAUGCUAAUACUGCUGAAACUGAUGAAAAUUUUGAUCGCAUUAAUGCAAUUAAAUUCAACAUAUUUACGUCUAUUAAUAUCUCUGACUGCAUGUCUGCAUUUCUAGAUAAAAUAGCAAGACAGUCAACGUAUUAUCGUGAUGUAUUUUUAGUCGUCGCUAGUUCAUAUAUAUGCUCAAUUCAAGGAUCGUACGAAAGUUCAAUUGCUCGCUAUCUUCAAUCAAUGCGAAGUGUCAAUUUUCACCUUAUUAUAUCCUCAGAUCAGUCGGCAUCUGAAAAAGAAUCUCUUGGUUUUUUUAGAAUUCCGCAAGUUUAUUCUAUACAGAUGGCUCAUAAUUCUUAUGAUAUUCAUCAUCGUUUAAUCAUCAUGUAUGAAAAAAAUCAUUCUUCACAACAAACCGAAAAGUUAGAAAGUACAUUUAUUGAUACGAAUAUUGAUAUUAACGUCGAACCAAUACUAGUUCGCAAGACUAUUCAUUAUAAAGAAAUAAUCAACUCGAUUGACUCCGUUUCGGAAGAACAUGAGAGAGUUCCAGUCAAAUCACCUGAACUUACUACUAAUCGGAAGUCAAAAAUUCAGUGUGAGUCGAAUAAUAUUGCUGCUACCUCAUCUCUCAAUUCAAAUACAAGCAAACAUGUAUUCAAACCUAUUGAAUUUUCAUUUUCUCCUCGAUGA